GCGGGUGCGGACUCUAUCUUGGCGACGGCGGGGAGACUGGGGGCCGGGGCCUGUCCCGCGGUCGGCGACACCUGCUACCCCGGAGUCCCCCGGCGGGCCCCGUCCCCCGUCCCGCGGCCUCUCCACCGGACUCCUCUUCCCAGGUUGUAUAGGUGCAUUUUGUGUAUCUAAUUGGACAGUCUUGUGCUUCCAGUAGCACCUGAGUGAUUGGCUCCUGCCUGCCACCCCCGGGAAGCCCAGGGUACCAGGUGAUGGCGGCUUUGCAGCUGUCUGCCCCACCCCAGGCUGAAGUGACCUUCGAGGACGUGGCUGUGCUUCUGUCCCGGGAUGAGUGGGGCCGUCUGGACCCUGCUCAGAGGGGCCUCUACAGGGACGUGAUGCUGGAGACCUACAGGAACCUGGUCUCCCUGGGAGCUGGACCUGCAGGUCCCAAGCCUGGGGUGAUCACACAGCUGGAGCGAGGGGAUGAGCCGUGGAUCCUGGACGUGCAGGGUGCUGAGGGGAAAGAGCAAUGGAGAAUUGAUGGCUCAGCUUAUGAGACCAGGACAGAGUUGACUUCAGAGAAGAUGCUUGGUGGGGAAGAACUGGGCCGACUCAGGGGGACUAUUCCGCAGGGGCCUGAGCCAAGAGAAGAAUGUGAGCAUGUUGGGGAGCUAGAGGAGAGCCUGGACAAGCCCGUGGUGCAGAGAGGCCCCAGGCCAGUCACGCUGACGAAUGAGGAGAGUGGCCAGGAGUCUGGGGGAAGCCUCACAUUGGGGUCGAGCCCUGUGUCUGAUCAGAGACCUCACAGAUGUGAUAUAUGUGAACAGAGUUUUGAACAGAGAUCAUACCUCAAUAACCAUAAGCGUGUACACAGGUCAAAAAAGCCAAAUGCAGUUCAUGAUUCUGGGGAAAUCUUGAGUGCGAAUUUAGUUGUUAAAGAAGAUCAGAAAAUUGUUAUUGGGAAAAAACUGCAUUACUGUGGUUACUGUGGGAAAGCCUUCAGGUACAGUGCUAACCUUGUCAAGCACCAGCGGCUUCACAGCGAAGAGAAGCCCUACAAGUGUGAUGAGUGUGGUAAAGCCUUCAGCCAGAGCAGCGAGUUCAUCAAUCACCGAAGGAUGCACUCCGGGGAGAUCCCCUACCGGUGUGACGAGUGUGGGAAGACGUUCAAUCGGAGGCCCAACCUCAUGAAGCACCAGAGGAUCCACACCGGGGAGAAGCCCUACAAGUGUGGCGAGUGUGGGAAACACUUCAGCGCCUACUCUUCCCUCAUUUAUCACCAGAGAAUCCACACUGGAGAGAAACCCUAUAAGUGCAACGACUGUGGGAAAGCCUUCAGUGACAGCUCAAUCCUUAUCCGACAUCGUCGGACUCACACCGGAGAGAAGCCAUUUGAGUGUAAAGAAUGUGGCAAAGGCUUUACCCAAAGUUCUAACCUUAUCCAGCAUCAAAGAAUUCACACUGGAGAGAAACCCUAUAAGUGUAAUGAAUGUGAGAAAGCCUUCAUCCAAAAAACCAAACUUGUUGAACAUCAGAGGAGCCACACGGGGGAGAAGCCCUACGAAUGUAAUGACUGUGGCAAAGUCUUCAGCCAGAGCACGCACCUCAUCCAGCAUCAGAGGAUCCACACGGGAGAGAAGCCCUACAAGUGUGGUGAGUGUGGGAAGGCCUUCCACAACAGUUCCAGACUCAUCCACCACCAAAGGUCACACCAUGGAGAGAAGCCGUACAAAUGCAUUGAUUGCAAGAAAGCCUUCAGCCAGGGCGCUUACCUCAUCCAGCACCGGAGGAUCCACACCGGGGAGAAGCCCUACAAGUGUGGUGAGUGUGGGAAGGCCUUCCGGCACAGUUCCAACAUGUUCCAGCACCAGAGGAUCCACACCGGGGAGAAGCCCUACAAGUGUGGCGAGUGUGGGAAACACUUCAGCGCCUACCCCUCCCUCAUUUAUCACCAGAGAAUCCACACUGGAGAGAAACCCUAUAAGUGCAACGACUGUGGGAAGGCCUUCAGUGACAGCUCAAUCCUUAUCCGACAUCGUCGGACUCACACUGGAGAGAAGCCAUUUGAGUGUAAAGAAUGUGGCAAAGCCUUUACCCAAAGUUUUAACCUUAUCCAGCAUCAGCGAAUUCACACUGGAGAGACCUAUAAAUGUAACAAAUGUGAGAAAGCCUCCAUCCAGAAAACCAAACUCAUGGAGCAUCAGAGGAAGCCACACGGGGGAGAAGCCCCGUGAGCGUGGUGAGUGUGGGAAGGUGUCCCAGCAACAGAGGGUCCACACAGGAAGGCCCCCCUGUGGUGGUGGAGGCGGGCCUGUGGGUUCUGUGCACUUGCUCCAUGUGACCCACCCCACCCCUUUAUUUAUUGUCCACAGUGUUGUCACAAGUGAAAGGGCAUUCUUGUCUAAUUAAAAACACCUCUUCUUAAACCAAAAGCAGUGCGUGUUCAUUUCAGACAAAUUGAGAGAGAGAAACAUAAGCAAAAAGGAGAAGCUCCUGUAAUCUCCCUGACUGAGAAAAAGAGAAUUUGUCACUGCUGACUUAGUGUAGGUUUCCAUUCAGACUUGUCAUCAUAGCACCCAGGAUCUUCACCUCUGCUGUUUCCUCAAUACCAGAAAAGUCCUACUGGAGAGGAUGCCACAUAUUUACGUGUUUUUACAUAUUGUAAAUUAAAAAUAACAUUCAUACUUUUCUAUGUCACUGAAUAGAGGUGGUAAUUGCCUUUUUUUAUUGUAAAAUAUAUGUCAAAUUUACCAUUUUAAUCCUUUUUAAGUGUACAAUUCAGUGGCAUUAAAUGCAUUCACAGUGUUUUGUAACUGUCACCACUAUGUAUUUCCAAAACUGUUUUGUUAUCUCAAGCAGAAAUUCUGUGCCCAUUAAACAAUAACUCGCCAUACUCCUUUUCUUUUAGCUACCCCUAUUCUACUUGUAUUCUAUUUUCAGUCUCUGAAUUUGCGUAUUCUAGGUACCUCAUAUAAGUGGAGUCAUACAACAUUUGCCCUUUAUGUCUGGCUUAUUUCACUUGGCAUAAUGUCCUCAAACUUCAUCCAUGUUAUAGCCAGUAUCAGAACAUUCUAUUUUAUGGCUGAAUAAUGUUCCAUUGUUUGUAGAUACCACAUUUUGUUCAUCCAUUCAUCUGCUGAUGGACACGUGGGUAUUUCUACCUCUUGAUUGUUGUGUAUGAUGCUGCUAUGAACAUGGAUCUGCAAGUAUCUGAAUCCCUACUUUCAAUACUUUUGAGUAUAAUCCUAGGAGUGAAAUUGCUGGAUCAUGUGGUAAUUCUAUGUUUAACUUUUUGAGGAAGGGCCAAACUCUUUUUUCCACAGCAGCUGUACCAUUUUACAUCCCCACUAACAAUGCAGGAAGGUUCCAAUUUUUCGACAUCCUUGCCAACACUUAUUUUCCAUUUUGUUGAUAAUAGCCGUCCUGAUGGGUGUCUCAUUGUGGUUUUGGUUUGCAUUUUCCUAAUGACUAAUGAUGUUGAGCAUCUUUUCAGGUGCUUAUUGACCAUUUGUAUAUCUAGGGAGAAAUUCAAGUCCUUUGCCCAGUUUUGAAUUGGGUUGUUUUUUGUUGUUGAGGUGUAGGAGUUCUUUAUAUAUUUUGUAUAGUAAUCCCUUAUCAGAUAUAUAAUUUGCAAAUAUUUUAUUCCAUUCUGUGAGUUGUCUAUCUACUCUCUUGAUAGUGUCCUUUGAUGCAUAAGUUUUUAAUUUCUGUGAAGUUCAAUUUAUCUAUUUUUUUCUUUUGUUACCUGUGUUUUGGGUGUCAGAUCCAAGAAAUCAUUGCUAACUCUAAGGUUAUGGAGAUUUGUCCCUCUGUUUUCUUCUAAGAGUCUGAUACUUUUAAGUCUUAUGUUUUGGUUUUUGAUCCAUUUUGGGCUAAUUUUUAUAUACAGUAAGGGUCCAACUUCAUUCUUUUGCAUGUGGAUACCCAGUUUUCCCUACAGCAUUUUUGGAAAAGACUUUAUUUUUCCCAUUGAAUGGUGUAUUUGCUCAUGCUGCCAUAACAAAAUACCACAGAGUGGAUGGCUUAAAAAAAAAAUUUAUUUUGCAUAGUUCUGGAGGCUGAGUCCAAGAUCAAGGUGCCAGCUGAUUCAGCUUGUGGUGAGGGUUCUCUUUCUGGCUAGCAUACAGCUGCCUUCUCAUUGUGUCCUCAUAUGAGGGAGAGAGAGAUCUCAAGUGUCUCUUCCUCUUAUAAGGGCACCAGCCCCACGCUUAUGACCUCAUUUCAUCUUUAUCACCACAGGGUCUGUCUCCAAAUACAGUCACGUUGGGGGUUAGAGCUUCAACAUAUGAAUUUAGAGGAGGGGACACAAACAUUCGGUCCAUAACAAAUGGUCUUGGUGCCCUUGUCCAAAGUCCAUUGGCCAUAUGUGCAAGAGUUUAUUUCUGGGCUCUCUGCUCUAUUCCUUUCGUCUAUAUGCCUGUCCUUAUGCCAGCAGUGUACUGUUUGAUUACUGUAGCUUUGUAGUAAGUUUUGAAAUCAGGAAGUGUGUGUCCUCCAACUUUGUUAUUCUUUUUCAAGAUUGUUGUGGCUAACUGGGGUCCCUUGAGAUUCCAUAUGAAUUUUAGGAUGGGUUUUGUUAUUUCUGCAAAAAGCAUCAUUGGGAUUUUGAUAAGGAUUGUAUUGGAUCUGUAGAUCACUUUGGGUAGUAUUGACAUCUUCACAAUAUUAAGUCUUCCAGUCCAUGAACAUGGAUGUGUUUCUAUUUGUUUAUGUAUUCUUUAACUUCUUUCAGUGAUGUUUUGUAGUUUUCAGUGUAGAAGUUUUUUGCCUCUUUGGUUAAAUUUAUUCCUAAUUAUUUUAUUUCAUUUAAUGCUAUUUUAGUUUUUUGCUUUUUUUUUUUUUUGGUGAGGAACAUUAGCCCUGAGCUAACAUCUGCUGCCAAUUUUCCUCUUUUUUGCUGAGGAAGAUUGGCCCUGAGCUAACAUCUAUGCCCCUCUUCCUCUACUUUAUCUUUUUUUUUGGUGAGGAAGAUCAGUCCUGAGCUAACAUCGGAUGCCAAUCCUCCUCUUUUUGCCGAGGAAGGUUGGCCCCGGGCUAACAUCUGUGCCCAUCUUCCUCUACUUUUUAUAUGAGACGCCACCGCAACAUGGCCUGACAAGCGGUGCAUCGGUGCAUGCCCAGGAUCCAAACCUGCGAACCCUGGGCUGCCGAAGCAGAGUGUGCAAACUUAACCACUAUGCCACCAGGCUGGCCCCAAUGCUAUUGUUAAUGGAAUUGUUUUCUUUUUUUUUUUUUCCCCGAUUAUUUAUUGUUAGUGUAUAGAAAUGCAACUAGUUUUUGUGUCUUGGUUUUGUAUCCUGCAACUUUGCUGAAUUAGUUCGUUAGCUCUUUGUUUGUGUGUGUGCACAGUCUUCAGAGUUUUCUACUUGUAAGAUCAUGUCAUAUGUGAACAGAGAUAAUUUUACUCCUUGUCCAAUUUGGAUGCCUUGUGUUUUCCUUCCCUAAUUGCUUUGGCUAGAACUGCCAGUACUAUGUUGAAUAGAAGUAGCAAAAGUAAGCAUCCUUUACUUGUUCCUGAUCUUAAAGCCUUCAGACUUUCCCCACUGUGUAUGAUAUUAGGUUUUUCCUAUAUGGCUGUUAUCAUGCUGAGGAAGUUUCCUGCUAUUCCUAGUUUAUUGAGUGUUUUAUCAUGAAGCUGUUAAAUUUUGUCAAAAGGUUUUUUUUUUUGGGUCAAUUGAAAUGAUCAAGUGGGUUUUCCUUCAUUGUAUUAAUGUGAUGUAUUACAAUGAUUGAUUUUCAUAUAUUGACCAUCCUUGCAUUCUAGGAAUAAAUCCUAUUUGGUCCUGGUUUAUAAUCCUUUUAAUAUGCUGUUGAAUUCAGUUUGCUAGCAUUUUAUUGAGGAUUUUUGCAUCAAUAUUCGUAAGGGAUAGUGGCCCAUAGUUUUUGCUUCGUUUCUCUUUGAUAUCAGGGUAAUGCUGGCCUCACAGAAUGAGUUAGGAAGUGUUACUUCCUCUUCAGUUUUGGGGAGGAUUUUGCGAAGAAUUGGUGUUUAUUCUUUUUUAAAUUUUUGGUGGAAUUGACCAGUGAAGCUGUCUGUGUUGGGCUUUUCUUUGUUAGGAGGUUUUUGAUUACUAAAUCAAUCUUUUUACUAGUUGUAAUUCUAUUCUGAUUUUCUGUUUCUUCAUGAGUCAGUAUUGGUAGAUUAUGUGUUUCUAGGAAUUUGUCCAUUUCAUCUAGGUUAUUUAAUUUGUUGGUUUAUAAUUAUAUAAUCCUUUUUAUUUCUGUUAGGUCAGUUGUAACAUCCCCCUGUCCAUUUCUGAUUUUCCUAAUUUGCAUCUUCUCUAUUUACUUAGUCUGGCUAAAAGUUUCUCAAUUUUGUCAGUCUUUUCAAUGAACCAAUUUUUGGUUUUGUUGAUUUUCUCUAUUUCUAUAUUUUUAAAUUCAUUAUGUCCACUGUGAUCUUUAUUAUUUCCUUUGUUCUUUUAUCUUGGGUUUAUUUGUUUUCCUUUUCUAGUUCCUUAAAGUGCACAGUUAUUGAUUUGAGAACUUCUUUUUU